AUGACCAAAAGAAAAGCUGAUACUACAUUAAAUGGUAAUCAAAAGAAAAUAAAAGAUAUAGAUAUAGAUAUAGAAGAAGAUGAUGAUGAUUAUAUAUCACAUGAUUCAUUAGAUUUAGCCGUUGUCUCAGAUAAUAAUCAAUGGCAAGAAACUAUUUCAAAAGUUAUAAAUGCCGUUGUUUCAAUCCAUUUUUCUCAUACAGUUUCAUUUGAUACAGAAACUUCAAUAGUUUCAGAAGCUACUGGAUUUGUAGUUGAUUCAAAAAGAGGUCUAAUUUUAACAAAUAGACAUGUUGUUGGACCAGGUUGUUUUACUGGUUAUAUUGUAUUUGAUAAUCAUGAAUCACUUGAUGUAAAACCAAUUUAUAGAGAUCCAAUACAUGAUUUUGGUUUCCUUCAAUUUAAUAUGAAUGAUGUUAAAUAUUUAAAAUUAUCACAGUUAGAAUUAUGUCCAGAUUUAGCUAAAAUUGGUACCGAAAUUAGAGUUGUUGGUAAUGAUGCUGGUGAAAAAUUAUCAAUAUUAGCUGGUAUUAUAUCAAGAUUAGAUAGAAAUACUCCUGAAUAUGGUUCAUUAACUUAUAAUGAUUUUAAUACUGAAUAUAUUCAAGCUGCUGCUUCUGCAACUGGUGGUUCUUCUGGUUCUCCUGUUGUUAAUGAAAAUGGUAAGUGUGUUGCUUUACAAGCUGGUGGUUCAACUGAAGCUUCAACUGAUUUUUUUUUACCUGUUUAUAGACCAUUAAGGGCCCUCAAAUGUUUACAAAAUAAUUUACCAAUUACAAGAGGUGAUAUUCAAGUUGAAUGGCAAUUAAAACCAUUUAAUGAAUGUAGAAGAUUAGGAUUAACAAUUGAAGCUGAAGCAAAAGCAAGAGAAAUGUUUCCUGAUAAAAUUGGUUUAUUAGUUGCUGAAUUAAUCUUACCUGAAGGUCCUGCUGAAAAUAUUAUAAAAGAAGGUGAUACAUUAAUAUCAAUUAAUGGUGAAUAUAUUUCCACUUUUAUUAGGGUAGAUGAAAUAUUAGAUGAAAAUGUUGAUAAAGAAUUACAAUUUGUCGUUCAAAGAGGUGGUGAGUAUAUUAAACAAUUUAUAAAAAUUGGUAAUUUACAUGAUAUAACUCCAAAUAGAUUUGUUACCAUAGGAGGUGCUUCUUUCAAUGAUUUAUCUUAUCAAAUUGCAAGAUGUUUUUGUUUACCAAUUAGAGGAGUUUUUGUAAAUAAUGGAUCUGGUUCAUUUGAAUUUUCAUGUCAAGAAAGUUUAGGUUGGAUAAUUGAAAAUAUAGAUGAUAAACCAGUUAAAAAUUUAGAUGAAUUUAUUGAAGUUAUGAAAUUGAUUCCUGAUGGUGCUAGAGUUCCAGUUACUUAUCGUCAUGUUUCAGAUAUGCAUACUGAUUAUAUACAAACUAUUUAUUUAGAUAGACAUUGGGAUUCUUCAUUUAAACAAGCUAUUAGAAAUGAUGAAAUUGGAUUAUGGGACUUCACAAUACUACAAGAUAAACCAUUAACAUUACCUAAACCACAACCUAAAAAUGCAAAAUAUAUAGAUAUUCCAUUCAGUGAUCCGACCAAAUUAGCAUGUUCUAGUCUUGUUAAAUCAUUUGUUCAAGUUAGAACAAUAUGUCCAAAUGGGAUUGAUUCACAUCCAUUUAAAAAAGAAAUAAAUUAUGGGGUUGUUAUAGAUUCUAAAAAUGGAUUUGUUUUAGUUUCAAGAAGAUACGUACCUCAUGAUAUGUGUGAUAUUUUUAUUGUAUUUGCUGAAUCAAUAGAUAUAUCAGCUAAAGUUGUAUUUUUACAUCCUCAUUUAAAUUAUGCAAUUGUUAAAUAUGAUCCAGGUUUAAUUUUAGCUGAUGUUCAAACUCCAAAAUUUUCAAAUGUUCCAUUAAAAAGAGGUGAUAAAUCAUUUUUCAUUGGUUAUAAUUAUAAUCUUAGAUUAGUUACUGAUGAUAUAAAAAUUAGUGGUAUUUCAUCAUUAAAUGUAACUCCUAGUUCACUUGCCCCAAGAUAUAGAGGUACUAAUUUAGAAUGUAUUUUAUUAGAUAAUAAAAUUACUCAAGAAUGUGGUACUGGUAUACUUGUUGAUAAUGAUGGGACAAUAAGAGCAUUUUGGUUAACAUUUUUAGGAGAAACUAAUGAAGCAAUGUAUAGAAUGGGAUUAGAUGUAACUGAUGUAUUAGAUGUUAUUAAAUCAUUACAACAAAAUAUAAUACCAAGUGAUUUAAAAAUUUUAACUGCUGAAUUUGCUUCAAUUACUGUAUUUCAAGGUAGAACAAGAGGAGUUCCACAAUCAUGGAUAGAUAAAUUUGAAAAUGAAGCAGAUGAUCAAAUCAAAUUUUUAGCAGUUGAUAGAGUAGCUGCUCCAAAAUUAAAUCAGCAUCAAAAUCCAUUGAAAACUGGUGAUAUAGUAUUAACUGUGAAUAAUAGACUCGUCAAAAGUUUAAGAGAUUUUAAAGAAAUGUAUUUUGAAGAUAAUCUUACAUUCAGAAUAGUAAGACAAAAACAAGAAAUGACAUUAACAGUACCCAUCAUUUCAGUCAAGGAUACUGAUCAAAUUGUUUUCUGGUCAGGUGCAUUAUUGCAAACUCCACAUUAUGGAGUAAGACAAUUAAUGAAAAAAAUUCCAUCUGAAGUUUAUGUAACUGAAAAAUCACCAGGUUCACCUGCUCAACAAUAUGGAAUAGUUCCAAUUAGUUUUAUAACUCAUGUAAAUGAUAUUGAAACAAGAACUUUAGAUGAUUUUAUAAAUGUCGUCAAAACCAUACCUGAUAAAACUUAUAUUAAAUUAAGAUUAGUUUCUUUUGAUAAUAUACCAAUGGCAAUUUCAUUAAAAACUGAUUAUCAUUAUUUCCCAACUACUGAGAUUAAGAAAAUAGAUGGACAAUGGAAGGAAAUAGAACAUAAUAAAAGUUAA